AUGGGGAAGAAGGUGCUCCAGAAACUCAGCAAUCCUGGCAAUGCACCAAGUGCAACACUGUCUUCCUGCAUAAAGACAUUGCUUGACUACACCUCUGUGUCAAACACACCACUUUCAAGCCAAGGCUCACUUCUCACACCAAGGUACAUGGCAUUGCCCAUAGGGUGUGGCAGUGCUGCUGAGCCCCAAGUUAUCCAGGUGGUUAAGCGUUCUAUCACAUCUUCACCUUGCGCUGCAGUGUACAGUAUAUAUGAGCACACCUGUGGUGUUUUAGCAGGGAGGGCAUAUACUCUUGGCAGACUGCGGAAGAAAAAUGCUUGCACCAGCUAUGAGGUCCUGGAAGCCCUCAUCAAUGAUGGCAAUGGUCCAUCUCUGUCUCCUACUGCCAAACAACUUGUCCUUGCAGUACAGCAUUGCUGUUUGGUGUUGCGUGCCACCAAGCUUGCAUCAAGGCUAGGCGGCUCUGAAACUGAACUGAUGGCAGCACUGGCUCGUGAUGAGGAGCACAUUAUGAGACCACUUGAGUUGAUAACAGAUGAUGACAAGAGUGACAUCCUACACCUCCGUGGCCCCAUUGUAGCCGACCUGCUGAAUCUUCUUCAUCUGCCAUCUGAAGAGUAUUCUGGCUUAGAUUCUUCAUCCCUUGCCAUUGGCCGCUUCCGAUAUCUUUCCAUGCGAAGCAAAUGCAUCAGAAGAUGGAGCAGAACUUUGCAAAGCAUUCUGCGAGCUUCCGCAUUGAAUAUUGCUGUCGGACAUUCUCACAAGGAAUUGCCAUCCCAUUGCUGGUGGGUCGUUUGGAGAUAUCUACAAGGGUGA